GUUGUACAAUGUUGUGUUGAUUAGCCAUUAAAAGCCAUUUCGCAAUCUACCAUCCAGUGACAUCAUGGACCUAUAAAUAAAGAGUGACCCAUGUGGGAGGGUCCAUCCAGAUGCAUGACGGAUAAAUCAGCUAGUUUCUUUAUAGGUGCAUGGUUACAACCAACUGGGUAGUCUGCUAGGAUGUUCAACUAUCAUACAUCUGGGUGGACACUCCCACGUGUGAUGUCACUAGAGGGUACAGUGUCAAAUGGCUUGUAAUGCCUAACCAACGUCACGUCUGGUGGUCAAAGAGGGGACCUCCUUGUAAAAGCUAUUUUGAACGGGUAAUGAUCUACCUCUGUUAGUUGAAGAGAUGAUCACAGGCAGAGAUCCUGCUGGGAAACCCGCCGGGGUAACGUCUGGGUAAACAAGGAAAUGAGGGAAAGUGCGCUCCAGUGCGUUCAUGAAGAUAUCUUAUUGAUGCGUGGAAACCAAGAAAACAGUCGAGGAAGUUCAUGUGGGACUUCAGAGAGUCGCACGGGUCAUUUCUCCUCCGGAAUGACAGUGCUUGAUGGAGCCAGUGAUUUCCAUCAAUAUGUUUAAGGCACUAUACACACAGUGUGUGUCUUGAUAUAACUUCUUGAUUCACACCGAUUUGUUUUCCUGGACCUAUUUGAUAUGUGUGUGUUAAACGGCCCUUCUUAAUCAUCUUCAUACACUUACCAUAAUUGCUUGCAUGAUAGUGGAUUAGAUAUUUUAGAUGUUGGAAUUGACCGUAGAGAUAGUGAUCAACACCCAUCACUUUAUAUACAGGCAUGUUGCCCUUUGGACAGGUUUUAUACCAGUUCAGUGACACCGUCAUAAAGAUGAACAGUCAAAGUUUAGGUUGGAUUGUUUUGAACUGUUAAGCAAAAUGGAGCCUGGCGUAGUUCUACAGGCGAUUCUUCCUGUGUGUCUCCUAAUAUCUGGUAUUCAUGGGGGACAAUUGCACACAGGAGGAAGUCUGAAAAUGGACCAGGCCUUGCUGACCUUUCAUAACAGGUUCCCAGAGGGAGUAGAUGUUUUCUACACCUCGGAUUACUGCUACAAGUGUCUUCCUCAGCCCCUGGCCAGUGUUGAAAGGAAUAUGUUCAAUGUAUCUUCUGUCAUCAGUACUAAAUUCACAUUGAGCCUACGCGUGGACUCCAGGAAUGUUUCCCUUUGCAGCUGGAGUCAGACAUACGAAGAAGGCGGCCAAUACUCUGUCUGGAUCCAGCAGCAGACUGCGUCCAACACCAGCGCCAUCUGCCGUCACUCAGUGGAUGAAAAUCCCAGGAACGCAUACCUACCUCUUCUGGUGGCUCUUCUGGUGCUGGCCGUCAUCGCCCUUCUGUUCGUUCUCAUACCCUACAUCAACAGGAAGUACAACGCAACAAAGCGGAUCAAGAAUGCUUGUUGCCCGAGCCCGCAAUGCACGGUGGACUGUGAGGUCACCCCCACCCGUGAGGCCGGUGACGCGGACGCUAAGCCGAAGCAGACACGCCUGCGCUCGCUGGACACCUUCCGAGGGUUCUCUCUGACAGUGAUGGUGUUUGUGAACUACGGUGGAGGUGGAUACUGGUUCAUGGAACACGCGCCGUGGAAUGGUCUCACUGUGGCUGACCUGGUCAUGCCAUGGUUUGUGUUCAUCAUCGGCACGUCGGUGGUGUUGGCCUUUCGGUCCAUGCGGCGGAAAGGCGUGAGUCGCGUGCAACUCUUGCGCAAACUCACCUGGAGGACGGCAGUCCUGAUGCUGCUGGGCUUCUGCUUCCUCAACUACUCUCCCAAAGACGGGCCACUGUCCUGGUCGUGGCUGCGGAUCCCGGGGGUUCUCCAGCGGCUGGGCUUCACCUACUUUGUGCUCUCUCUGAUGCAGACGGCGUGGGGCCAGACCUCGGCCCCAGCCAGAGCGGGCCGCUGCUGGAGCCGGGUGCAGGACCUGCUGCCCUACUGGCCGGAGUGGCUGUUCAUCCUGCUGCUGGAGACGCUGUGGCUGUGUCUGACCUUCCUCCUGCCCGUCCCCGGCUGUCCUGCGUGAGUGCGACGACACGCC